AUGGAGGUGACGGCUGUGAGGGUCUACCCAGGCUCCUCUGCUCUGCGUGACACUGGCCUGGCACUAGAGGGCGGAGUGAUGGAAGGACCUCUGUCUCGCCCCUCUCAUGAUGUCCUACAGGCGGGACAUGUGGGCCUGCAGCUGCCACAUGCACACAGCCUCACUGAGCAGGAGAGAGAGGGAGCAAUGAACAGGUGCAACAAGAAAACGCCACAACACUCAAACAGCGUUCAUGCUUGGACAGGACAGAGGCUGGGGGACAAUUUACCAGCGCCAGGAGCCAAACAGAAGAACCGGCCGUUUGUGUGUCCGGAGUGCAGCCCCACGGUCAUGAAUGAGCAAGUGUCCAAACCCACACAGCCUUACAAAUGA